GUGAUUUAAUCCAAUUGAAUGGCACACCUUUACCUAUUCAAAAUAUAUCUUCAGACAAUGUUUCUUCGAAUUUACCUCAAAAUGAUACAGAAUGGUUUGAUAAUAUAGAAGAUAAAUAUAAUAUAAAUACUGAUAAAAAAUGGCCUGAAUUAGCUGGAACCUUGCUCUAUGACUAUCCAAAAAGAAAUAUCAUAAAGAUAGAAGGUAAUUUUGGUGGUAAACCA